AUGGACAUAGACUUGCUUCUGUACCAGUUCCAGAGAAGAUGGUGGCCACUGUGCACACCUUUCUCACCUCAAGUAAACAUGUUCAACCUGAUGAGCAACUGCUGGACCUGGGUCUCCAAAAUACAGGAGCCAAUCAGGAAAAUGACUGUUCUUGUGGUUGGUCUUGACAAAGCAGGAAAAACAUCCUCCAUCAGAGGGAUGCUAAGAGUCCCCCAUGGCGUGGAAGCAGGACCCACCCAGGGCUGCAUCCGAAAUGAGCUGAGAGUGGAGAAUUACCUGGUCACCUUGCUGGAUGUGGGAGGAUCUGCGGAGUCGAGGGGAGCCUGGAGGGAGCUCUACGGAGAGGCCCAUGGGAUCAUCUUCGUGGUGGACUCCAGUGACAGACAGAGGAUCAAGGAGGUCAAGGAAGUUCUUGCUGACCUGUUGAAGCACCCAAGAGUGGCAGGAAAACCCAUAUUAGUGUUGGCUAACAAGCAGGACAAAAUGAACGCUCUGCUGGGAAGUGAGCUGAUUGAGAUUCUAUUACUGGAGAAGCUGGUCAACCAGAGCCGCUCUCUUUGCCAUAUUGAGCCUUGUUCAGCCUUAAUGGACCUGCGACGCUGGUCGGACAGGAAGACUCUACGAGGCCUUCGCUGGUUGCUGCGAGCUGUUUGUCUGGAUUACCCCGAGCUAUGUACUCGUGUAGCCCAGGACAGCAAGAGGCCUCUGGAACCAAGAGAGAGGGAAAAGAACUGGAAAACAGAGAAAGUUCGCAGAAAAAAAGGGGAAAGAAUGCGAUCCAGCAAGUCAGAUCUGCGUCAAGUUCAUCGGCCAAAAGACAAGGAGAAAAAGGCCAAGGGAGAAGGAAAGUUGCAACCCAUUCGAAACAUGUUGCAAAAGGAAACCACUCUUAAGAAGAACCUGAGGACAAGCAAGAAGAAGAAGACGCCGGUUAAGGUCAAGGAAGGGAAAAGGGAUCAAGAAGAAGCAAACAAUGAGGAGGAGGAAGAGGAGGGUGACGUUAAUGAAGGAGAGCAAGAAAACUCUGCUCACAGAGAGAAAGCCAGCAGUGCCCUGAUCCCCCCGAAAAAGGGCAAACCGAAACGCAAAAUAAAGGCGAAAGAAGAGACUCUGGAAACCCUAGAAUCACCUGACAACGAUGAGAAGGCGCUCAAAGCUAAAGGCGAAGAAAAGAGGAAGAAGAAGAAAGUUGUCACAGUCAAAAGAAAGAACAAGAUCAACACAGAGGAGAUGCCUGCAGCUUACUCUCAACCUGUGGACCUGUCUGCAACCUUUGAUCUUUACCGAAAAGCCAUACUGGCUCUGAAGGAACGUCAGGAUCAGGGACAGUGAGAGUGAGUCCUGGUUGUGUCCUGCGAUCUGAGUGUGAGGAUGUGGUCGGCAGCAGUAGUAGUACACGGUCACACUACAUCACUUCACAAACUCUCACUCCCCUUGUUUUCCUUUUUUUCUUUUGACUGCUGUGUCUUUAUCACUUUGUAUAGAUGAUCACUUCAAACCUGAUCCCUGAACCUUUGUGAAACUGCAAAUUCCAAAGUGUAGUG